UCUCUCUCUCUCUCUCCUCCACCUCUCUUUCCCUCUUUCUCCUUGUCAGUCAUUUUUUCUGUGUUCUGUUCAUCAUCAUGGAGAACGAGUCGCUGAUCUUAUGGGAUGGGCAGGGCAGCUCCCACAAUUCAAUCUGAAACUCUAAGACCUCUCACCCAGCUGCCAGAUUAGUAUUCAACAACUACAGUUAUACUACAAAAACUACAUCGGCAACAGCGACAGCCACUACUCCAGACACAGCCACUCCACCUCAGGAUUACAAUAAUCCAAAAGAACUUCCUCUGAAAGCUCUUCACCAGAGGUCCAUCCAGUCCAAACCUGUCUGAGACACAAGAACCUGGCAUUUUAGCCUGGACCGGAACCUGAAAACAGAGCCAGAACCAGGCCCAAUUCAGUACCAGACCAGAAAGCCGGACAGACUCCACAGAAAAUCAGAAGAGAUCAGUAGAACCAAUAAGGCCAUCGGAAAAGUUUGAUGGGACUGCUGACGAUAGCCACAUGCCUCUGAGUCCGGCUGCUGACACCAAACAUGAUCGCCCAAGGCAACAGGCGGUUACUAACGGCAACCCGACAGGCUCUGCUGUUGCCAGGGACGACGAUGGGGAAGACACGCCCCCUGGAAACAGCAUUGUCGUCCGCAUUGGCAUCCCGGACCUGCAGCAGACGAAAUGUUUGCGGUUGGACCCAGAGUUACCAGUUUGGACCAGUAAGCAGAGGGUUCUGGUGACGUUGACUCAGUCUCUGUCGGAUGUUUUGAACUAUGGUCUCUUCCAGCCGGCGUUCAACGGCCGAGCCGGAAAGUUUCUGGAUGAGGAGCGACUGCUGAAGGAGUAUCCUCUGCCUCCCAUCACACCCAUCCCAUACCUAGAGUUUCGUUACAAGAGGAGGGUUUAUACUCAGAGCUACGUUGACGACAAACAGCUGGCAAAGCUUCAUACCAAGGCCAACCUGAAGCGUUUUAUGGAACAUGUUCAUCAGAAAAAUGUGGAGAAAGUUUCCAAAUGGUUGGAAAAAGGCCUGGACCCCAACUUCCAUGACUCUGAUACUGGGGAGUGUCCUCUGACGCUGGCCGUCCAGUUGGAGGAGAGUUGUGAGCUGAUUAAAGUUCUUCGCAGCGGAGGGGCUCAUCUGGACUUCAGGACCAGAGACGGCAUCACAGCUCUGCAUCGGGCCGUCCUCUGCAGGAACAGCGCUGCUCUCACGACCCUGCUGGACCUCGGAGCGUCUCCAGAUUACAAAGACAGCAGAGGGCUGACUCCUCUCUAUCACUCUGCCAUGGUGGGUGGCGCCCCCUACUGCUGUGAACUGCUCCUGCAGGACCACGCCACCAUAGGGAUGACUGAUGAGAAUGGAUGGCAGGAAAUCCACCAGGCAUGUCGCUAUGGUAACGUGCAGCAUUUGGAGCACCUGCUGUUCUAUGGAGCUGACAUGAGCUCCCAGAAUGCAUCAGGAAACACCGCACUGCAUCUUUGCGCUCUCUACAACCAGGACAGCUGUGCCAGAGUGCUUCUCUUCAGAGGAGCCAAUAAAGACGUCAAAAACUAUAAUAAUCAGACAGCUUUUCAGGUGGCGAUCAUUGCUGGAAACUUUGAUCUCGCAGAAAUCAUCAAGAUCCAUAAAACCUCUGACGUUGUUCCCUUUAGAGAAACUCCAUCCUACACAAAGCGGCGCCGAGCGGGUGUGACCAGGUCAGCGGCUGGAAACGGACUGUCAUCUCCACGCUCUCUGAUUCGCUCAGCCAGUGAUAAUGCCCUGGAAAGCCCCGCCUCCUCUCCAGGACCCUCCCUACAAAGCCUGGAGACGCACCAUGACACUCACACACACUCACUGCGACGACACACACGAAGACUCAGCCCGAGUGGUGGGGGGCAUGUGGAGACCAGCCCGCCCUCUUCUCCUCCCCUGACCCCCCAGAUGAGGAAGAGGAGGCUGUACAGUGCUGUACCGGGGCGUACUUUCAUUGCGACUCGGUCCCACGUCCCCCAGGGGACCGGAGAGAUCCAGCUGCACAGAGGGGAGAGGGUCAAAGUGCUGUCUAUUGGGGAAGGAGGAUUCUGGGAAGGUAGCGUUAAAGGACGUACUGGAUGGUUUCCUGCUGACUGCGUGGAAGAAGUCCAAAUGAGACAAUACGACCCUAGACUGGAGACAAGAGAAGACCGCACAAAGAGACUAUUCAGACAUUAUACUGUAGGAUCCUAUGACAACUACACCUCCUACAGUGACUAUGUGAUCGAGGAGAAGACUGCUGUGCUGCAAAAGAGAGAGAGCGAGGGUUUCGGCUUCGUCCUCAGAGGAGCUAAAGCUGAGACACCCAUCGAAGAGUUUGCCCCCACCCCAGCGUUCCCCGCCCUGCAAUACCUGGAGUCCGUCGACCAGGGGGGUGUGGCCUGGAGGGCGGGGCUACGGACCGGAGACUUCCUCAUAGAGGUGAAUGGAACUGACGUGGUGAAGGUGGGUCACCGGCAGGUCGUCUCUCUGAUCAGACAGGGAGGAAGCCGCCUGCUGAUGAAGGUCGUCUCUGUUUCCCGAAAAUCUGAAUCCAACCUGAUCAGGAAAAAAGCUCCACCCCCUCCUAAACGAGCCCCCAGCACCUCGCUGACCCUCCGCUCCAAGUCCAUGACUGCUGACCUGGAGGAGAUAGCCAGGAGGAGACGAUUCGACAAACUGGAUGAGAUGUUGGCAGGAAGUCCACAGGAAGUUGUUUUAAGGCCCCGCCCAUCAGACGCUGACUUCAGGGCAGCCACGGUGAAACAGAGACCAAUCAGCCGGCGGAUCACCCAGGCUGAAAUUAAUUCAUUGUUUGAGCGUCAGGGUCUGGUCCCCCCCUCAGCCCCAGAGAAGAGCACAAUGGCUUUACCCAGAGGGAUGUCCAGGACCAAGAGUUUUGGUGCACCUGAGGAUGACCGGAUCAGCGCUCUGAUUAAUGAGAGUCGGUUUCCACGGAGCUCCUCCCUGACAGACAGCUUCAUCCCUCCUCCCCCUCAGACAGCCCCGCCCCCUCCUCCUUCCGCCUCUUCCGCCUCCUCACUCUUUCUCCUCGACUCGGGGCCUCCUCCAUCCUUCCUCCCACCUCCUCCACCAGCCAGAGGAGAUGGGCUAACACGCUCCAGCUUCAAGCCGGGGGCGGAGCCAAGGCUGCAGGAGCUUUGUGACUCUCCAACAAGGAGCCAUGCCCAUGCAGAGCGACAGCGGAAGGCUAGGUCUAUGAUCAUCCUCCAGGACACGCCGCCGCCACUGCAGCCUGACGCACAUGCUGCCACCACACACACACUGCACACUGCUACACACACUGCCACGCACACACUGCACACAGCUACACACACCUCCACGCUGUCUCUGCACAGUACAAGCCCCGCCCUUGGACACUCACCGCUGUCACGCCGCCGAGGACGCGCAAUAGAAAAUCCUUAUGCUAAUGUGGGACAGCAGGCUCCACCCACCAAACCACAGAGGAGGAAGUCCCCUUUGCUGAAGCAGCUUCCUGUUGAGGAGCAGGGACUUGGAAUCAAAGAUCACGAUGGCAAACAAGACGGGGGCAGCCCCAGUAGGGCAGAGUUGUACCAGCAGCAAGUCCUGUCUGAGCGUGCUCGGGUCCAAGGCCGGCGGUCAUCCCUUUUCCUGUCAGUUGAAGGGGCAGGGUCAGAAAACCAGGCCCCGCCCCUCCUGACUCAGAGCCAUUCAAUGGAUGACCUUGGCGAGCUUCCUCCUCCAGCACCGGUCCUGUCACCCUCACCAACACCGCACACCUUCCUCCACCCGCUGACGGGGAAACCUCUAGACCCCUCGUCUCCACUCGCCCUGGCUCUUGCUGCACGAGAACGAGCGCUCACCGCCCGCACACCAAGCCCCGAACCAAGAACUAAACAUGCCUCUGCCUCCACCACACCCAUCCCCACCCCGGCCGCCAGCCCAGAGGGCAGACACAAACGCACCCCUAUCACCACCCCACAGAGCAGCCCUGAGCCACGAUCCAAACGCACCACCCCUCAGACCAGCCCUGAGCAGCGAACCAAGCGCACCACUCCACAAACUAGUCCAGAACUGAGGCAUAAACGCAUAACCCCGCCUCUUUUCCCUGAUGGACAAGUAGAACGUCCAGAAACAGAGGGGGGAGUGACAUCACCAGCUGGUCCCUCUCCAGAGCGCUGGAGACCCUCCCCUUUGCCCACUCUGACCAAUGAAGGCCACUCUGCUCUGCUUGACAGGCGCAGGAGCCUUACAGUGGGCAGCUCAGAAGAGGAGGGCGGGGCUUACACAGUGACUCUCCCACCAGCGCUGUUGUCAUCCAGUGACGAGGAGACAAGGGAGGAGCUCCGCAGAAUUGGCCUGGUGACUCCGCCCCCUGCUUUUGCAGCUACUCCUGCCCCUCCUCCCCCAUCCUCCCUCACCCUGUUGCCACGUCGAGGUGCAGAGGGAGGAGGAGAGGGUGGUCCCGACUCCAUGGGCAGGCGGGACGAGGAAGAGGGAGUUGACGAGCGACUUCUUGAUAGUUCGUCCUCACCCAGCUCACUGCCUCCCUCUAUCACCUUGGCAUCCCCUCCUGUUCCAUCUUCCCCCUCGUCCCCUCCUGCUACCCACCCCUCCCCUUCCUCUGCUGCCACUUCCCCAUCAGGCCUUAAGCCCCGCCUUCGCUCUCCCAUCGGUCGUGGGCGCUCAUCGCUGCGGGACCCACUGCUGAAACAAUCAUCAGAUAGUGAGCUCCUCCCCUCAGCUGCAUCCUCCUCCUCACCAUCCUCCCCUCUCUGCUCCUCCCCCACCAGCGGCAGCGGACGGCAGCCACGUUACCUGUUCCAGCGGAGGUCCAAGCUUUGGGGGGGUGGGGAUGACCGGAUGGAUGAGAGGCGAGGCUUCAGCCCAGAUGAAGGGGGCCGUCCAGCAGCACUGGGAGGCCAGGGGUCGAUGUCAGCUGUAGAUCUAACCAGCCGGUCGGCAUCAGCGCUGGAGCUGAGCGGGAGGGCGGGCUCUGGGAUUGAUCUGGCCAAUCGGCUACAGCUGCUCAACAAGGACAGUCAUUCUCUGGGGGAGGAGCCAAGCCCCCUUGACCCUGGACGGAGGUCACCAGUCGGAGGUGCCAGAUUGUUUUCCAGUCUAGGUGAACUUCACACCAUCUCCCAGCGAGGAUACGGCGCUAGCUAUACAGUCAGACCAGGAAGUCGCUACCCUGUGACCCGCCGCAGCCCCUCCCCUUCUCCCUCCCCCUCUGAUAGGUCAAUAGGGCUUGCCUCCUCCCCCGCCCCCUGCUCUGAGAGGCCAGACCUGAGCUCGGGCCGUGGGUUGACCAUCCUGAAGUCAUCUAGCCUCAGCCUGCCCUCAGAACCAAAGGAGGUUCGAUUUGUGAUGCGAAGCGCCAGUGCACGAACCCGUUCCCGAUCGCCUUCACCCUCACCUCAUGCCUCCCCCUGCCCAUCCCCUGUCCUCAGUGGGCCCCUGCUGGCCCUUCGGCCGUGGAGGCAGCGACCCCUCAACCUAUGGAAUAAAUAUGAUGUGGGUGACUGGCUGGAGAGUGUCGGUCUGGCCGAACACCGCCAGCGCUUCCAGGAUCACGAGAUCGAAGGCUCCCACCUCCCAGCCCUCACCAAGGAGGACUACGUGGAGCUGGGCGUCACCAGACUGGGCCACCGCAUCAACAUCGAACGGGCACUGAGACAACUACUGGAUGGUUCUACUUGACCCCUCACCUCUGACCAUUAACCUCUAGACAUCCUGAACUGUGACCUCAUAACCCUUGACCUCUGUGGUCAGACAUUAGUCAGACAUCUCUUUUACUAGGUUAUCUUAGUCUUUAGACCUUUUUACCAACAUGGAGCCCAGCUCUCAGAGUAGUGUUUCUAUAUUCAGGCUCAUCAGCUCUUUGAUCAAUUUAUAAUGUAAAGUCAGACUUUCACUGAACUUGAAGCCCAAACCUGAUUGGUUUUGUUCCAGUUUUCACUCAAUUAUUCCUUGUUAAUAAAAAGGCAUUAUUUCAGCUUUACACUACAUUAAAUCUACCAGUCUGACCAGUUCGAGUGGUUACACUACACAUCAUGUUAACCAGCAGUUGCAUCCUAUGCCUGCAUUGAUGAUUUUUUUUUCUACAUUAGCUUGUACAAUUUUUUUACAUUUUACAAAUACAUCCAUUUUUAUGUUUUUUUCAGUAGUUCAUAUCUGGGAAUCUCUCUUUUUUAUCUCCCUUAAAAAACAUUCCUGCACGAUAAAGUGAAUUAUAGCUGGAUACAGCACAAAUACGUCCUGACACAGUAAAGGAAAAUUGUUCAAAGAGCUGAUUGCCUAUAAAUAUAAUGAGACGGGUUCUUUUCUUCGUGCCAAUCUGCUUCCUGAGAGAAGUUUGCCUGGACUUUUGUCAGCAGAACUGGACAUUCAGUGAGUUAACAGGAGAUUAACUGAGAAUACUUCUCUGUCAGUUUCAGAAAGUUCUUGUGACUUUGCAUUAAUUCCAGUAUCACUCAUAAAGAAUCUGUGUUUAUUUUGAGUUCAUAUCUUAAUGCCAAUUAUUUAGAAUUUACAAAUAACAAGUAAUAAUAAUGUGGUGGUGAUGACUUAAUAGAGUUUAUACUAGUUUGGAGAUGAUUUUGAGUUCCUUAUGAUUUGACAAUGAGUGGAAUUUCAAGGCUGUUUCAAUGAUGUUUUGGAAUUCAUAAUGAUUUGUCAAUGAGUGUGACUUUGUGCUGAUGUGUUGUGUGUUUCAGGGAGAGCUGCAGCGGAGCUCCAACUGUAAACCUCUCUGGUUUCUAACCUGCUUCUCGAGGGCUUACUGUACAUGGUGCUAUCUGUUUAAAGCCAUCUGUACAGACAAUACCUUUCUCCUUCCCCACAUUGACAUAUUGAUUUCCUAAAUAAACCACCGUAACUGUGGGGGUUUAAUCCUAAAUUAAUCCAUUAAACGUGGAUGUACCUGCCAUAACCUGCCAGGAACAGGCCACUUGAAGUUUCCUCCCUGCCAUAUAAGGAGCUUCCGCCGAUCAUUUGUCGAAGGCCAUAAAUAGAGUUUAGAGUUUACUAGAGGCCAUAUAUGGAUUUCUAUUGCAAAAUUACGCUUUGAUAUAAUCCUAUUUAUUUUAAUAAAAGAGGGUGUUCUUGCUUGUGGUUGCAAUUUGAGCCUGCCUUGUUGGUGUAAAGUUGUUCCAACAUUUUUCAAAGUUCAACCAAUUUGAGAGUCAGAUUAACCCUUACUUCAGGAAAAUAUAUAACUGUAUUAUUUUUAUAUUACUGCACCGUGAAAUACCCCUGAUAAUAGAGGAAGGGAUGCUGUUCUCUUAGUGUCUAAGGAUAAUUUGAAGGCUGUUUACAGCUUCAAUUAUAGUGAAAGGUUGGUUUUAGAGUGCCAUAAGAUGCUAUUAAUGCUUAGAUCUCAUGAUUAUAUGUCAUAUUAUUUCCUGUUAACCCUGUUUUUUGCCACAAGCACAAAGCACUGAAAGAAUAGAUACACUCCCGAGUUUCAUCCAGUGUAAAAACAAACCUUUCAAUUCCUCCAACAUGUUACACUAUGUAAAUAAGAAAAUCUAAUACUAGAAAUCCAUUAGUGCAACUGAGAUUUGUUGGCACUACAUUUUUAGAAAGAUUUCCAUUUAUGCGUUGCGGCACAAAAUAGAUGAACACAUCUUAAAUUGCUGCAAUGUGCAACUUUAUUCCAAUCAUAGCUAAUUUGGUAAGCAUUUGUUUCUACUCUUCCUACAACUACAUAAUCUACUUGACAGGGUUAUAAUGUCUCUGUUUUGAAGCACAAUAAACAGUUCAGUGCCUGUAAAAAUAUACUACAACUUUCCUAAUUUUAUCCUAUGUCAGUAUCCAAACAUAAUCCUAAUUUCCAAAAUUGUAUGAGUUUAUAAUGAUGCCUUUUCAUGGGGACCUACUGAGUGUUAAGCACAGAGGAAUAGAGUGUAAAGUCCAUGUACAGUGCAUUACAAUAGACUAUAUAGUCCCUAUAAUUUAUAUUAUGGCAAAAUACUGUAGCUAUAGUGUAACAUAAAAGUGUGGUAAACAUUACAUUUAUACAGUAAUAUUUCAUUGAUUAUCAGUAUCUUUUAAGUCUUUACCCAAUAUGUGAUAUUCUGUUUUUGUAAACAGCUACACAUCAGCUAUUACUAAACCAAACACAGAGAAACUCCUAGAAAAGUCUUCAGUUUUCACUAAUUCAUCACAGAAUUUAUGUAAAAAUCAAAAGACUGAAAGAAUGCAAUGUGAUUCUGCAAGAGAGCCACAAAAUGUAUGUUUACUAUCAUACAUUUCAUUUUAUUUCAGUAUUUCAGACUGAUCAAGCCCAUUAUCCAUUUACUGUGUUUUGUUUUUGCUUAGACAGCCACAUAGAAUAAGUCUGAUAUAACUUAAUUGAGAGAACACUGGGUAUCAUUCACAGUUUCAUCUAACUUUUUAUUCAAGCUGCCCUCUAUAUAAUUCCAUUUCAUUUCAAGCUAAAGUUUUAAAUUGUUUAGAAUUUUAACUAAAUUAUUUGUCACUAUGUUUAUAUAAUUUUUUGGCCCCUAUCACAGACUAUAGAUAAUAAACACCCUUAUUUGUUAUAUAUUUGUGUUUUUAGAAAAUGACCCUUCAUGUAAUGAUCAGCUGUACAUUGUGCAGUUGUAUUAAUAGUGUACUAAAUAGCUAAGUCACUUUUUGCACAGCUAACUGAAUAAGAGCCUGUUGUGUUGCUGUUUACAGAGUGAAUAUCAUAUUAAUGAGAUAUGACUGUGUUAGGGCUGUAUUAAUAGGUUAUGAGUCGUGAUGUCGAUUCACAGCCCUCGGUCAGACAGGGCAGGUCAUGUAUCACUGCCUUACACCACUUCUCACCACUUCAUAAUGAUUUCACUGUAGUUAUAGUUAUUGACAGACUGAAUUAUGGUAUGCCACCGUUGUGUGCAACUUACAGGUAGUCUGCCAUGUUUUACUGGCAGACACUUCCUAACACCAGCACACUGUGGUGUGCCUCCCCCUGGUGGACGAGUCCUGUUGCCUCAUAAAGGCUGUACUGUUUGGUCUACGAGUCUGAUGCUGAUGUUUCAACCCAGAAAUAUAUGAGUUUUCUGCCAGGGGGGAAAUUUGUUAUUUGUUUGAAUAUAGGCUGGAUGACCCAACACUCCCCUUUCAGUAAUGUUUAUAUUUUUUCUAUCAUCAUAAAGACAAUUUGUGGUACAUAAAUAAUCAAAAAGAAGGAUAAGUAAUGUUCAAGUAUUACUACAGAAAAUAACAAGUCAUAUUUUAUGCAGUUAAAUAUGACACAUUAUAAUAUAUUAAUCGUAGGACUGUAGUCUACUGUACUUCAUGACCUUCAUAGAAUGAGAUGUGGGCUUAACCUUUGACCUCUGAUCCCAACUGGAGUCACUCUGAUCAUAGACUGCUGCUAGGAUUUCAGUCACAUGGAAAUGAAGUAAGCUACAUGAUGUUCCUCCUCUCAUUAAUUUUUUCUUUUUAUUUUUUUGUUUGCAGUUUGUCUAAACAUUAUUAACUGUAACCAGGCCAUUGAAAAGAUCCAUCAGUUUUCUGAAAGACCAUAUUAUUCAGGCUGGUUUAUCUAAUGUCAUGCAUAAUAUCUGCCCAUGUACAUUAUUUAAUAUCAGCAGCUGCUACAGUUAUGCUCCAGAAUCUACUCAAUUGCUCAAGUGUAAAGAUGCAGAGACAGUUUGUAAAGAGGAAAAUCUGAGCUGGACCAUAUAGACUUGGGUAGAUGGCCAAGUUUAGCUUCAACCAAGAAUUGUCAGUUAUUUUGACAGUCCUUGGUCUUAAGUGACUUUUAGCCUUUUCAUGAUAACAGCAGUUUUAAUACAAUAUAUUUUUAGUUUGGUAAGCAGGUGGGGUGUAUGAACUGUAGGCCCAUAAGUGUGAUCUUAUAGAGGAAAAUAAGGGGAACAUCUAGUUCUUCACAGGAACACUGUGUGGAAAAAUCAGGUCCAGAUAAAGGUGGCGGAGUGACUUUAACUGCUACAGAAGAGUUAGCUGAGAGCCUAAAACAAGGAGAGAGAGGCCUGUUAUAUUUUUGCAACUUUAGAUUUUUACAUACAAAUCUGAGACAAAUCUGCGAAUGUCAAAUGGCACAGAGCAUUUGACAUUUAGUCUGUUAUUAACACAAACUGCAUGGUGCAUUGCUCUCCAUUUCCCCACUGGCCAUCUUUGCCUAAAUGACGCGUAUUCUCAAUCUUUUAACCAAGCAACAGAUAAGAACUGGAAGGGCCUUCAGAGGGCACAUACCUCUGCCAAGGCCCCACAGGCUACAAAUCCAGGCUCCCACCACUUUCAGUGACUGAGCAUUUGUUCAGUUUUUGUGUGAUCCUGCAGAUGGAAAAACAAACAGUAAUGAAAACUUAAAACCUGUUGGUGAAAGUAAUGAUAUCACAUAUUGAUCAGCUGUUUUACAUGUGGAAAAUCUCCAUCAACUGAGAGAGACGUGAUCAAUUAGAAGAAAUUCAUAACAAAAUGUGUGUUAACAAAGGCAACAAGGAGAGGCCAGAUAAGGCUAAACAAAUGGCUGUGAAAAGCAUUAAUGCAAACAUGGGAUAAAACAAUGAUUUCACUAUGGUAACGCCUCAGCCUCCUGCUGAUUGGUGUGAAUUCUGGCUUUCUGACCUGUGUAUGAAACUUUCCUUCUCCUGAUAUUCACCUGGUUAUAAUAAGUUUUAUGGUUAUCCUCCUUUCUAGCUUCCUCUUUUUACAGUAUGUUUGUAGUUUCUUCUGGAGUGAGUGGCGUGUGUGUACUUGUAGGUUUUUUCUUCCCUUUUCUAAAACUAAAGAGCACACAAUGACAUCUGAUGAAGCUCUGCAACGCAACAGAUUGUAAUCUUUAUAAUAAACUGUCAUUUAUUACA